UGGAGUCAGUCUUGCAUCAGCAAGUUUGAAAGGUUACAGAAGAUAGAAAAUCUUUACCUGGAAAAGUUAAAGGCUUGGUGAGCUACUUUACAAAACAGGACACUUUUUUCUGGAAAUGUGUUUCUCUCUCUGGAGCCAUGAACCCCGAUGUGUCUCAUACUGGAAAUCUAGAUCAGGACAUAAAACCUGGAUGUACCUGCAGUUCAGAUUUAGUAAAUCCCUGUGUUCAAUUAAUUUCAAAUCAUCUUGAUCAUGGAAUAACACCAGGAAGCACUGGGAUUAAAGAGGAGCCAUGUUUGAGUGUUGAAAACCCCACGGUUUCAGCUACAGAUGGACCAAACAUGAGUGAAAUUCACCCAAGGGAGUGUUUGGCUCAAGAAUCUUUGCUUAAUGAACAUUUUAAUAUCCUAUGUCCUGAUGAAAGUGGGAAUGCAGUGUCAAGGACAGAGAGGACAGGUGGUGGGACCAGUAGGACACUUGGCUGUUUGAAUCAGGAACCUACCGACUCUGCUGUAGACGAAUGCCCGAUUUGCACCGAGCCUUAUCGCUCUAAGGGUGACCACAGCGUUGCGCUGCUAAACUGUGACCAUACCGUGUGCCAGCGCUGCUUAGCCAUCAUGCUCAAGCAGGCAGCAGACUGUUCUCGUGUACAGUGCCCCUUGUGUCGGCAGAAAACCCCACUUCUACAGUGGCAGAUUCACAGGCAUCAGGAGGAACUCAUAUUCAGUCCUAGUCCUCAAAGCUUUACAUCGCAGGCAGAACCAGAAGUCAGUACAGGGAUCUGUUUGACUCUGGGGCAGCAUUUGCUGGUGCGGGCUGAGACGGCUCGAAUUUGUGGAUGUUUCCAGUAUCCUCGUGGACUUAUACAGGCCAUCCGACGCAUGCAGAGACGCUGCCGGUGCUGCUAUGUAGCGUUGCUCCUGAUGCUGUAUAUGGUAGAGCUGAGCUUUCUGAUGCUUGUCUUUUUGCCCGUCCUUGUGCUUGUUCUUCUGUUCACUCUCGCAACCUAGAUUGAGGACAGUGACCCAGUGCAAAGCAAAAGCAAGGCCUUCCUGUUGCAGAAUGUGUGAAUUAUAAACAUAUGCAGGCUUGAAAUAUGAACUUAAAGGAGCAAUAUGUGAUUUUAGCAUACUGCAGAAGCAGUAAAACUCUUCUUUCCAACCCAUCUUCACUUCCUCUGUUCCAAACAGAUUAUUUUUCCUUGACUAUGAUUCAUUGUCUUGUUCUAGAAAAGAACUUUCAGUAUUUAAAAGUAUGGGUUAUGAAAUUAAAGCAGCAGUAUGUAAUUCUUAAGCCUGUUUAUAUGCAUGCGCUAAUCAUAAUUUUACACAAUUAAAAAUGUGCAAUGUGGCAAAAAAAACAUUUUGUAAUGUAGCAUGCUUUAGCAU